UCAGCUUAUGGCUCAGAGAACAUUCAUAAUGUUCGUCGCAAUUCUCCUGCUCCUAUCUUCCCCAGGUGGACUUGCGAAGCGAGUACCUUCUCAGAAGACUUGGUGUGUGCCGAAGCCUUAUAUCGAUAGCUUGAUCCUUCAAGGAAACAUAAACUUUGUGUGCUCUGAGGUUGAUUGCGGCAGUAUCAAACCUGGCGGGCCCUGUUUCGCCCCGGACACAAGUAUGAACCACGCUUCGGUUGCUAUGAACCUUUACUACCAACAACACGGCCGCUGGGAAGAACACUGUGAGUUCAAAGGAAGUGGACUUAUCGCCAUCACUGAUCCGAGUAAUGGCGAUUGCAAAUGGUAAACGGGUAACGUUAUCAAAGAGAUGAACACUUGGGUCCCUUUGUUCUUUGGUCAAGUUCUAUUUUUCUGCGGAGUUGUAAUAAAAUGGACUCCAUAAAUAAAAUUGUGACCAUUCUCUGA